GAAAAUCAUCAUCGUCGCAUGACAUCAGUCAAACGUAAUUGGAUGCAACGAAACCCGCGACUAUUUUCGUCCAUUUUCAUCACAACGUCUCUGCUCUUUUUCUUUUCGCGUCCCAUCUACGACGCUUUCAUUCGCGACGAUCUACUUCCGUCCACAGGCAAAGCCAAACCGUUUUAACUCGUCACGUCACACCAUAAUGGAGUCCGUGCGUAAAGCCAACCAAAGACUAAAACAAUAUCCGAUGCUGUUGGGCAAAUGUUCCGAUAGCGCUGCAGUGUAUGCGGCUUGUGUAACUAGAGACUUAAAUGUGAGCCAUCGUGCAUGCGAACAAGAAUUUUUAGACUUUAAAAAGUGUUUACAAAAAGUGGCCCGGGACAUGAAGACGAAACUGUGAAAAACUGAUAAAGACUCUUCCAUCUGGUGCAUCUAGUUUAGUGUGACAAAAUGAAACUGAAAGUGCUAGCGGACGCGUUAAAGACAAUUUCAUUUCAAAAUCAUUUGAUCCUCAGCAUUCUGAUUCGAUGCCUACUAAUCGUAUACGGAGAGAUACAGGACGGUGUGUCCGAGGUGCCGUACACUGACAUCGACUAUAAAGUGGUGACUGACGGAGCCCGAUAUGUAACCAACGACCAGUCGCCAUUCAAUCGACACACAUACAGAUACACACCACUUCUGGCCUACCUACUGGUGCCCAACGUUCUGCUGCACAAAUGCAUCGGGAAAAUUUUGUUCUCAAUCGGAGACAUUUUGGUGGCCGUUCUGAUUUACAAAGUCAUCAUCGACGAGUACACAGCCAUUUUCGAGCAUAAUUCGUCGGCAGUGAUGAAUCGGCUGAGGGGUCAGAAGAAUUCAUUCAAAUUCCGUUUGCCUGACAGGUAUGUGAUAAACGCGAAAAUUGGUGCGAUGAUUUGGCUGUACAAUCCACUGACAAUGGUAAUAGCGACGCGAGGAAACGGUGACUCAUUGACCAGUUUAUUGGUGUUGGUGACAUUGUGGCUGUUACUUAAACCGUCGGAUAAUCAGCUGCAGUACUUCGUAGCGGGAUUAGUGCAUGGGCUAGCGAUUCAUUUUCGAUUGUAUCCGUUGGUAUUUAGUCUGUCCAUGUUCCUGUAUGCCGGACGGAACAAUCAACGUAUUUGGAAGAUCAACGCAAAGCAAAUUUGCCUCGUCAUCGGAACGUUAUUUAGCUUAGUCGCUUUAACGACCUUCUUCUACCGUCUAUAUGGCUCGCAGUUUAUCUACGAAACGUACAUCUACCACUUGGUUCGAAAGGAUACGCGCCACAACUUCUCGCUGUACUUCUACAUGCAGUAUCUGAAUGCCGACCAAUCCGUCACCGUAAUUGAGAAACUGCUAACGCUUGCACCGCAACUUUUUAUACUUACCUUAUCGAGCCUUCACUUCGGCCCGAAUCGAAAGACGCUGCCGUUUUCCAUUUUCAUCCAGUCAUUCACCAUGGUCACCUUCAACUCAGUGCUUACCUCACAAUAUUUCGUGUGGUUCCUGUCGAUAUUGCCGUUGUGUUGGAAGAAUUUUUCCAAACUGAAAAUACGAUCCAUUUGUUCGUACGCUUUGCUGUGGUUUCUCACCCAGGCGGCAUGGCUAUUUCCGGCUUAUUUAUUGGAAUUUAAAGGCUGGAACACGUUCAACAUGUUGUGGAUGCAAGGUAUCAUGUUUUUUGCGGCGAACAUUUUCAUCAUGGAACGUUUGAUCGCCAAUUUUGGGGCAGUAGCCGAUUUUCGAUUGAAAGAAUUUUGAAUGAACAUUUUUUUGAUUUUUAAUAAAAUA